AUGUCUAAUAAAAUUAUUUUAGAAGAAAUAGAUGAAAAUAGAUUUUGCGAAAAAUGUAAAGUAGGAGAGAGAAAAGAUCUUAAUGUGAAUCUUUAUCUAGUAGAUUUUUAUCAGUUUCCAUUUUAUUUGUGCGAGCCUUGCUUGAAAAUAUAGUUAAAGAAUGAAUUUUAAGAUAUAGAAAUUAUAGGAUAAGAAAUCACUGAAACUUAAAAAAAGUUAUAGCUAGUUGAUGAAAAUAUGAUUAGCAUUAAAAAUAAAAUAGAAGAAAAUGAGAAACUUAUUAAUCAAAGCUAGCAGUAGAAAUAAAAAUUAGAAAUAGAAGAACUUAAAAUGAAGGAGCAGCAACUGAAUUAAGAAUUUGAAAAAUUGAAAAAAAAUGUUCUAGACUUUGAAAUAAGGGAAUCUAAGUACUGGGUUGAAGUAAAUUCAUUUGAAAAGAGAUUGUAAACUUUACUAAAUAAGAAAUAAAUUGCUGAUAACUUAGAAUAAUAUUAUAAUGAUAAAUUAAACAAUAAACUCAAUAAAUACAACACCAUAAACUCAGUCUUUUUUAUUGAAGUCAGUGAAUAAGUUGGACUUAUAAAUAAUUUAAUGAUAGGGAAAAAGUUGAAUGAAGAUAUAAACUGGGAUGAAACUAAUGCAGGAUUAGGCUAAGUUAUUUUACUGUUUCUGUAUUUAAUGAACAAAUUUGGAUAUCAAUCAAGUUACAUUAAAGAUAUAUAAGUGUGUGGUAAUGAAUCUUAUAUAUGCGAAGCAAAUAAAUCUGAAUAACUUUAUUUGAGGGGGCCAUUUAGCAAUAAAGGUGAUGAAGCAAAGUUUAACAGAGCUAUGAAGAUGAUUUUAGAUGAAUUCUCUUUAUUCGUUGAUUAUUUAUAGUAAACAUACUUGUAAAAUAUAUAGCUACCUUUCAAAAUAGAUUAAUCAAAUUCCUCUAUCGAUGGACUUUUAUUAACAACUUAAACUGCAGCUAAUGCCUAAUACAAGGGUCUUGAUAACUGGACAUAGGCUUUUAAAAAAUUGUUAAUAAAUUUUAAAUUUUUGAUCAGCUUUAAUGCUCAAUAUGAUAGCAAAAAGGAAAUAGAACUACUAGAUAGAGAAUGA